GUGAAUCCUGACAGAGUUCAACACUUCAGAUCUGAAUCUGUGUCUCUGAUCUGUGAGGGAAAAACUGCUGAGUGGAGAGUGAUUAGGUUUAUAGAAACAGGACAACUGUCAGACUGCUCCAUCUGGGGGGAAAUGACUGGAUCUACAUGCACCAUCAACAUGAACCUGUUUCAUAGUGGAGUUUACUGGUGUGAGUCUGGAUCAGGAGAGUUCAGCAACGCAGUGAACAUCACUGUACAUGAUGAUUCUUCUGCUCCUCUCCUGCUGAGUCCUGUUCAUCCUGUGACUGAAGGAGAUCCUGUUACUCUGAGCUGCAGAGAUAAAAAACAAAAUCUUCUCUCCAAUGUGUUUUUCUAUCAUAAUGAUAAACUCAUCCAUAAUGACAGCAGAGAGGAGCUGAAGAUCUCUGCUGUGUCAAAGUCAGAUGAAGGUUUUUACAAAUGUCAACAUUCAGGAAAAGAUUCACCAAGGAGCUGGAUGUCUGUUAGAGCAGCUGUACCCAGUCCUAUCAGCUCUCUUGUCAUGUUCAUCGUUGGACCAGUUGUUGGAAUCAUUCUGAUUAUUCUCCUGAUCUUGUUGUGGCGCUGCAGACGGUCCAAAGACUUGUGCUGCAUCAGAUCAAAAGGCUCACAGAGCAACAGUCAGACCUUCAACAGAAACCAGACUGAACAUCGUGAUUACAGUUCCCUUCAUCACGGUAAUGCUGAUCUUUAUGAUACUGUCAGCUCUCCUGAAGCUGCUGGAAAUGCCUCAGAUGAACCCAGAGACGUUACAUACACUCCCAUUGAACUGAAAACAUUUGGGAAAGAGAAGAAACAUCCUGCACCAGAAAAGGGCGCUGUUUACUCUGAGGUGAAAACAGGAGCUAAAGUUCUGUGUGAAAGGAGAUAA